GUCAGCUGCUUCGGCGACAGCCACACCGAGGGCAUCUACGGGGCUCCGUGGGUGCCAGAUCUGCAGCGACGCCUUCGGGUCGAAUGCCGCAAUUUCGGGAGGAAUGCAUGGACUGCCGCGUCCGUUGCACGUCGAGCAGAUGCUGCCCCGGGCGCCGAAGCAGCCGUGGUCCUUGCGGGGACCAACGAUGCGCUGUUGGAGCUCGCCUGGCGCGCAGGGAACCAAGGCAUGCUUUCCAUCUACAGGGCUUUGAAUCAGUUGCCAGCGGAUUAUGAGCCCUCUCCGGAGGCCUUUGCUGCCUGCUUUCGCCACCUGCUUCAGGCUGUCAAAGCCUCGCGCGUUGCUGUUUUGAGCCUCCCUCCGCUUGGCGAGGCGGCUUCGGGAGAGGCCGCCGAGGUCAUCGCCUCAUACAACAGGCAAAUCCGCGAUGUGGUGCAGACAGACCCGCGGGCUGAGUAUGUGCCGUUCGCUGAGCACUUGGAGGGCGUGAGCGGAGAAGGCUUCGACGCGUCGUCGACCGCCUUCUCCCAGACGAUUGCACAAAUGUACCUCCACACUGGGCUGCGCUGGCUCCCGGGUGGACCGAGCUUCGACUCUCUCGCGCAGCGAUGUGGUCGCGAGGUGGUUCACGACAAGAUCCACUUGACUGAGAAGAGUGCAGGCACUCUUCUGGAGCUUGUCUCUAGAGCCUUGACAAGGGAGGAGCUGUCCCCGAAGCAGCCGAAAAGCCGCUGA